UUGCCUAUAGAUAACUUUGUUAACAAGGUUGAUAUCAUUUAUGAAGAAGAUAUUUAUGUAAAGCCAGAUAAUAUUUUAAUGCAAGCAUUGAAAGAAGAUGCUGAAAUACAUCUUAUGAUACAUAUGUCUAUUAAGACAGUAAUUCAUUCACUAGUUCUGAUUGAAUAUCUACUAACAUGUGAAGAAGGUAUCACUAUAUUGAGGGCUAGAAUAAUUAAAGAAGCAGCAUUUACAAAUAUUCAAUAUCCUAUAGGCAAACCUGAUGGUUAA